AUGUGGGUUCUGCUCAAUCGCGUUUGGGACCGUGCUUUUCAACAGUCAUGGCGUCCGACCGCCAGACAUCAUGGCCAGGGACGACGAUGCUGCCAGGAGCACGGCUGUACAACACGGCCAUCGUACGGCCAAGCCCAUAGCAAGCAUGCGCAGUUCUGCUCCCAGCAUAAGCUACGGGGCAUGGUCGACGUCGUCAAGAAGAGGUGCGGCCAUCCAGGUUGCACGAAGAGGCCCUCAUAUGGAAAAGACGGCAGCAAGAAGGCGGAGUUCUGUGCCCAGCAUGCUCUACAGGGCAUGGCUAACGUGUUCAGCAGGAGGUGCCACCACCCAGGUUGCACGAAGGCACCUUCACAUGGAAAAGACGGCAGCGAGAAGGCGGAGUUCUGUGCCCAGCACGGAAAGCCAGGGAUGACAAAUGCCGUGAAGAGGACUUGCGGCCACCCAGGUUGCACGAAGCGGCCUUCGUAUGGAAAAGACGGCAGUAAGAAGGCGGAGUUCUGCGCCCAACACGUGCAGCAGGACAUGGUCAAUGUUAGACAUAAGAGGUGCAGUAAUCCAGGUUGCUCGAAGCGGCCGUCGUAUGGAAACGACGGCAGCAAGAAUGCGGAGUUUUGUGUCCAGCACGCGCGUCAGGGCAUGGUCAAUGUUGUCCGCAAGCGGUGCGGCCAUCCAGCGUGCAUGAAGUUGUCUUCAUAUGGCAAAGCCGACAGCAAGAAGGCGGAGUUCUGUGCCCAGCACGCGCAACAGGGCAUGGUCGAUGUUAAUAAUAAAAGGUGCAGUCAUUCAGGUUGCACGAAACGUCCGUCGUUUGGAAAAGACGGCAGCAAGAUGGCGGAGUUCUGCCGGCAGCACGCGCAACGGGGCAUGGUCGAUGUUGCGAGCAAGAGGUGCGGCCAUCCAGGUUGCACGAAGCAGCCGUCGUAUGGAAGAAACGGCAGCAAGAUGGCGGAGUUCUGUAUCCAGCACAGCGAGGGGGGAAUGAUUAAUGUGCGACGUGCUAAGUAA